GACAGGCUAUGGUUAGUUCAUAUCCGAUAAUGUGUCCUCAACCCUCCUCAGACUGAAGGAGCCUGGAACAGAUGAAGCUGUUUUACGUUGAACUCAAUUCAUCAAUAACAACAGUACAACUUUGUUCUGUUAGACACACGUUGUCAUCCUGGACCUUAACGAGCCGUUUAAACGUUGCAUCACAGGAACUUUUCCAGGAAGCAGCCUCCAGGAAAGAGGAAACGAACAGUGGAUGCUCUGGUGGAGAGACCUGCCUUCACAUGCAAACAUACAUGUGUCAUCCCAGCCCUGCUGCUCUGUGGGCCACAGGACGUCAGCCUACUCAAAGCACAGCAGCUUGAAAGUCAUUCAUGUUUCUGGCUUCCUUCAACCUCUGAGCUCAAGCAGCAGAAGAGACCCUCAGACUGAAUCACCUACAUUAACGUCACAUCCUUCUACAGGUUCCUGGCAGGAAUCUGUUUCUAUCUAAAUCAAUUCUAAUCAGGAUCUGAAUUUAUUUGAAUAACAUGAAUUGAUUUUGGUAGUAAAAGGUCAGAGGUCAUGUUGGUCCCAUGUCCAUGAGUCACUAUGACAGUGAAAUCACAGAUGAACUGUGUCUAACAUCUAAUCCCGGUUCAGGUCAUUCAUUCAAACCACAGAAGGAAAAACCCAGAAGAACAAGUUGAUGAUAAAUUCAGUUUUUCAAAGUGGAACUGAACUGAUUGGUCACUCACAGACAAACAGACAAACUAUUUUGUUCCCUCAGCAUCAGCAGCUUCAGCCAAUCAGGUUUCAGCCUGAUUGGCCUCAGCCACAGUCCAGACUCUUUAUCUGCCCGGUUCUUCUGUCCGUCGACCAGUUCAGCUGCUUCGACCGUCUCCAGGCGCGAUGAUGGGAUUAGCAGAAGAAGACAAGGCUCAACGGCAGCAGGAGGAGGCCAGUGCUGUGCUGAGAGUUCUCCGCCUUCCUCUGCUUCGCUCGGCGCUGCAGUCUGUGACCUUGGCGUACGCCGGGGUCAAAGGUCAGCACCCUCUGCUGGAGCUGAUGGGAGGAGUGGCUGAGGUUGGAGUUCGCAGCGUUUCCCACGAGGCCAUGAGACGAGCGACAGCCGUGCUGCAGAGCCUGGAGCCUCAGAUCGAAGUUGCCAACACGUUCGCUCAUGCUGGGCUCAGUCGGCUGGAGAAGAACUUCCCCAUCCUGACCCAAUCAACAGACGAGGUGAAGGAGCGCCUGAAGGACGCCUUCUUUGUGACCCUGGAUGACAUGCAGCUGUGGGUGGCUGGCAGUUUGGAGGGAGCUCUGGUUCAGCUGGAGCAUCUGACCAACGCGGCUCGGGAGGUGCUUCAGCAUCUGCAGGACUCUCAGUUGGGUCGAGCUGCAGCGUCAGGACUUGACGACAUGCUACGUCGUCUAGAGGAUGCCACCGUGCACUACCUGCCACUCCCACCCACACUGCGUCUAGAGUGUGAGAUGAGGGUGCAGCAGUUGGAGGAUGAAGAUGAUGAAGAUGAGCCCAGCCUGUGGAUGAGGGUUCAAAGCCUCCUGCUGCAUCUCAGCCUGCAGCUUUAUCACCGCAUAAACAAGGACAGGGACCAGCUGCAGGAAGCUGUCAGGACACUGGUAGAUGCGGCAGUCAAGGUGGGUCUGGGUCAGGUUCUGGCGCUGGUCGGGGACCUGCUGCUGUACCUCCACAGCUUCAUGGUGAUGCUGGUGUACCGAGCUGGGGGUCUCAGAGCAAUGACCCUGAAGCGGGUCCGAAGCCAGGCCGGCAUGUUGGCACAGCUCAGUCCAGUUCGGCAGGUUUGGCGGCUGCCGAUCCAGAUCCAGCAUCUGCUGAGAGACCUGCAGGAACUUUCCAAGUUGGUGCUGCAGCUGGUGAUCAACGUUACCCCGCUCUAUAACAUGCUGCAGCAGCCGUCGGAUCAGGAGGUGGAGGACUUCCUCAACAAGGAGGACUUCUCUUCCAGCGGCUCGUCUCGUCGCAGCUCGGCCCACAGUCUCUUCCUCAAAGCUAUGGACGGACGGCCUCGCCGCCGCCGAAGUCUCAACUCCCUCGCUACCGGAGGAUCCGGAGGCCGCCAGAGCCCGGAUCCCCCCGACGGCCGCUCCAGCCUCAAGGACCCCGCGACUCCGGAGGCUGAAGGUUCGACUGUCCCUUCACACGACGAGCUGCUGCUCAGUCCGCUCCAAGAGUUCAUAAGUCAAAGCCAGAAGGCCUUCGAGUACCUGAGCCCCAACGAGCCCUCGGGCUCAGCAAACGACCCGUUUCUGUAAUUAACAAACUACAUUUCACCUGUCACUUAUUAUAAAAUACACAUUGUUUAUAGUGUCCUGAGUCCAAUCUUACAUUUGACCUUUUAGUUCUGUCUUGAACUGUGAUUAUUAAAAAUAUAAAGUUAAUUAAGUCCAAUCACUAUAAUAAAGCUGUUUAUCUCACAA